AUGGCUCCUGUGUCACUCCCGUCAGGCUCUGAUGGCAGCCAGCCCAAGGACUUCACUCGUGCCCUGCCAUUCCAGCUGUCCAUGGCCAUCCUGGGGCUUUUGGAUCAGAAAUCCCUGGAUGCCUGCUCUGCUGUGAAUGGUCACUGGGAGCUCCUGGUGCGGCGGGUCCGGGAGGACAGGGAGUGUCAGAGCACAGUCCAGAGGAGCCUCCUGCAGCUGCAGGAGUUGUGUCCUAGAAAAACCAUGCCAAACUAUGCUAAAAGAGUCGAUGUGCAAAUUCCCCAGUUAAACGAUGAGGGUGAGGUCACUGAAGUGAAGGACAAGGAGCAGAAGAAGAGGCGCAAAUCCAAGACAGAGGAUUUGGGUCUGCACGAAGCCUAUCGGGAACUGAAAACUGACAAGAUCGAGCUGGAAGAGAGGAAUGUCUUCUGUGGCCCCUACAAGACCUGUGUCCUCCUGGAGCAGUCUGACAGGGCAAGGAGAGCCCAUUUCAGCGGUGGGGACUGGGUGGCUGCUGGCAGCAGGAGGCUGAGGCUGCUCCGUGUGCCAGGAGGGAAGGAGGAGCUGCGGCUGCACGGCCACGCCGGGCCCAUCAGAGCCCUGUGCCUGCGUGAGGACAGAGGGAUCCUGCUCAGCAGCACCAGCCUGGAGCCCAGCAUCAGGUGCUGGAAUAUUCACAGUGGGGCCUGUGUGAGAACCUUCACGGGUCACUAUGCGACCAUCACCUGCCUGCAUUCCCACCAGGAGCACCUGGUGUCAGGAGCUGGGGAUGGCAUGGUGAAAGUGUGGAGCCUGAGGAGUGGGGAAUGCCUCAGGACUCUGAUGCACAGCAGCCCUGUGGGGGCAGUGAGGAUGGACGGGACCCACGUGGUCAGUGGGGGGCACCGAGGGCUGGUGAAGAUCUGGAGUGCAGAGACAGGGGCUCUGAUCAAGACAUUAGAGAGGCACCAAGGCCCAGUUCUCUGCUUGGCCUUUGACCAGUGGCACCUCGUCACAGGGGGCAGUGAUGGAUAUGCCCUGGGAUGGAGCAUGUUGGGAAAAUUUAGGAGAUGCCUGAUAGCUUUCUUCCAUCCCAAGGAAGUGCUGUCCCUGGAGUUCCUGUACCUCAGAGUCGUCAGUGGCUGUGCUGAUGGAUGCAUUCGGAUAUUCAGCUUCCUGACUGGCACCUGCCUCAAAGUGCUGGAGCCCAGCGGCAGCGGGGACCCCGUGUCUGCUCUCUGUGUCGCAGGCAACAGGGUGCUGACCAACUCCCCCAGCAGGCUGCUGCUGCUCCAGUUCGAGGAGGUGGCGUGGCACUACUCCCUCCCCGCCGACAGAGAGGUGCCCAAGGAAGACAGGAGGUCCCAGAAGGGGAAGCGCCAGGGCACCGGUGCAGAGCAGCAGCGAGCUCCAGACAAGUCCCCAAAAUCUCGCCAGAGACCAAAGAGUGAUGAAGCUGAACCGGGCUCUGCUUCCCCUGCAGCUGAGGAGGCAGAGGCCACUUUGGAGUGUGAGCUGCCCCAGAGAGACCCAAGGAGUCCCAUGUCCCCUGACAAGUUCCUCCUGACGAUCGGCACGCUGCAGAGCUCCUGCAGGGCCGGCGCAGGCAGCCGCAGCCCCAGCCUGCUCUCUGCAAGGGCCAGGGCAGCCCAGCAGCAGCGCCCCGGGCAGCGGCCGGUGCCCAGGGCGGCCCUGCAGCACCAGGAGCAGCGGUGCCGGCUCCAGCGCGCCAGGCUGCACAGCCGUUCGCUGGCCGUGGCAAAAAUCUCAACUCCCUUUGAAACCAAAAUGCUGCGGCUCAGGCUGGAGAGCUCUUUGCACAGCCCCGCUGUGAAAUCCUCCAUUCCUGCUCCCUGUGUUGUAUGUCCCAAGCUCCGUGGCUCGCUGGGAGAAAGGAAAGCUCCCAGCGGCCGUGGGAAAGAAACUCCUGGUUCCAAAGAGGGGCAUCAGCUCAUCGAUCUCUGCACAGCUUCCUCAGAGCUGAUCCAACCGACGCCUGGCAGGGCUGCAGAGAUGAGGAACGGAGCUGCCAGGAGAAUAAAGCCCUCCUGUGCCUCCGCUUCCCGCAGGGACAGUGGGUUCAGGCUCCUGACUGCAGAGCAGGAGCUGCGUGAGGCAGCUGUGGCAGCUCAGCACCAGGCACAGCAGGCAAAGCCCACGGAAGACAAAGACAGAGCCAGAAGGAAAGCCUGGCUGAGGAAAAUGAAAGGCCUACCUGUGGAUUCUUUUACUGGGGAGAGGAAAACACCUGCUCCAGAACUUGGGCAUAACACAUUUAUCUGA